AUGGGGUGGCAAUGGACACCAGUUAUAGUGGCACUGGCCCUCUUGCUCCCCGGGGAACAAAGCUCUUGGAUGGAGGGGCCUGGAUGGUGGCGGUUGGUAGUCUUGGCUUCCUGGCUGCCUGGAGCGCCCCCCUGCCUGCUCUGCUUCGGGCCGCCCCUGGAGAGGGCCCGUCUCUGCCGGGACGUAACUGGGGAACUCCCUGGAACGCCCCAGCACCGGCRCUGCCUUGAACACCUCCUCCAGGCUGCUGCGCCCCUCGCCUCUGUCACUGUGGGUUCAGAGCAACGUGAGGAUCUUCAGGAGAUUAUUGUGGAUGCACUGCGCUUCCUGGAGUUUCAGGGGGGCACGCAGCCCUUUGAGGUAUCUCUGCAGGAAGCUGUUGAUGGAAUCUGGAUGAAGCUGAGACAACUAGAGGAAGCUCCAGCCUGUGUCCCGCCCUGUGGGUACCAGCUGGCCGCCCGCAUCUUCCAGUGUGCAACCUGUCGCCUCGUGGACUGCCAGUUUCCCCUGGAUUGUCCAGUAGAGGACGUGCGGACCCGCGAGGGUGAAGCUGUCCUGCUGCACUGUGUCGUGCCCUUUGCCACCCCGCCAGACCUGCCCGUCACCUGGAUGUUCGCUAAGGAUCUGCGCACACAGGAUCUGACACUGUUUGAAGAGCUGCAAGGGGGAAUGAAGGGACCUCCUACACUUAUCCUUCAGGACCCCCCUCUGGGAACCAUUGCCUGUAGCCUGGGGACCCAUGAUGAGACAGUGGCCCGCAAGUUCUUCUUCCUCAACGGUGUGCCUAGGCUCCUGGGUCUUGGGGGGUCAAUAGUGGCAACAGGGUUGCGGUGUGGAGCAAAGCCCUUGGAUGCAGAAAUCCAGGAAGUGUCCGGACGCACCAUGGAGGCAGAGCGGGAACUCCAGGCCCAGUUCAGGGCUGUGCUGCACUGGCCUCACAGGAGACCCCCACGGCCCAGACUGCUGCUGGGGCUGGAGCUAGCCCUCAGCUCAAUGGGGCUCAUCCUGCUGCUGGUGUGA